AGUUAACUAAUCUGAAGCUUAACUGAAGAAGAAGAAGAAGAAGAGGAGGAGAAAGCAGUGUAAUGACAAAAGUAACCUGAGUGACAGAUAGACUCAGUGAGAGAGAGAGAGAGAGACGUUGAAGAAGAAGCAACCAACAACACAAAGUGACAGUGAAAACACCAUAACAGCUUACACUUUCAUAUCAAUAAUCAAUCACACAACUGACAUCUUAACUCACAAACUCCAUUACCACAUUUCCAUUUGUUUUGGUUGAGAUCGUUCCUCAGUUCUUAUCCCUCUUCUAUCUUUCUCCUUUACAUACAAAUUUCCUCCACACAAUCCUAAUUCAAUUCACCAUGCCUGGUCUUGUAUCCCCAGGUGGACCUCCGCCCCGAAUCACCUUACCCGAAACCCCCACUCAAAGAUCCGAAUCCUCCAAAACACCAACCCAAUCACCACUCCCUAACAAAAAACCACCCUCUCCCUCCCCUUCUUCACGCUCCAAGAAAAAAACAUCCGAAACCCCCACCACCAACUCUCUCCUCUCCGAAGCCUCACUCGAUAACCCAGAUCUAGGCCCAUUCCUUCUCAAAGUAGCCCGCGACACUAUCGCUUCCGGCGAUGGGCCCGCCAAAGCACUCGACUAUGCCAUCCGCGCUUCCAAAUCCUUCGAACGCUGCGCCGUUGAAGGUGAACCGAGUCUCGACCUCGCUAUGAGCCUCCAUGUCCUCGCCGCUAUUUACUGUAGCUUAAACCGUUUCGAAGAAGCUGUUCCUGUUCUCGAACGCGCGAUCCAUGUUCCUGAUGUUGAACGUGGUGCCGAUCAUGCUCUUGCUGCUUUCUCCGGUUAUAUGCAGUUAGGUGACACUUUUUCCAUGUUAGGUCAAGUUGAUAAAUCCAUUUUAAUGUAUGAUCAAGGACUUCAAAUUCAGAUCCAAACGUUAGGUGAAACCGAUCCACGCGUCGGUGAAACCUGUCGCUAUUUGGCGGAGGCGAAUGUUCAGGCUAUGCAGUUUGAUAAAGCAGAGGAGCUUUGUAACAAAACCUUGGAGAUUCAUCGUGCACACAGUGAACCUGCUUCUCUUGAAGAAGCUGCAGAUCGGAGACUUAUGGCGUUGAUUUGUGAGGCCAAAGGUGACUAUGAAUCGGCGUUGGAGCAUCUUGUUCUUGCGAGUAUGGCAAUGAUCGCUAACGGCCAAGAUAAUGAAGUUGCUUCCAUUGAUGUGAGUAUUGGAAAUAUUUAUAUGUCUCUGUGUCGUUUUGAUGAAGCUAUAUUUUCUUAUCAGAAAGCACUUACAGUGUUUAAGUCGUCCAAAGGUGAAAAUCAUCCUUCUGUUGCAUCGGUGUUUGUUCGAUUAGCUGAUUUGUAUCAUAGGACAGGGAAACUUCGUGAAUCAAAAUCUUAUUGCGAAAAUGCUCUUAGAAUUUACUCGAAGCCAGUUCCUGGAACUACUGCAGAGGAGAUUGCUGGUGGUUUGACUGAGGUUUCAGCGAUAUUUGAAUCUGUUGAUGAUCCGGAGGAGGCGUUGAAGCUUUUGCAGAAAGCCAUGAAAUUGUUGGAAGAUAAACCUGGACAGCAGAGUACAGUUGCGGGGAUAGAAGCACGAAUGGGAGUGAUGUAUUAUAUGAUUGGGAAGUACGAUGAGGCGAGAAGUGCUUUUGAGAGUGCUGUGUUGAAACUGAGAACUAGUGGGGAAAGAAAAUCUGCUUUUUUUGGUGUUGUUUUGAAUCAGAUGGGAUUGGCUUGUGUGCAAUUGUUUAAGAUAGAUGAAGCUGCUGAAUUGUUUGAGGAAGCUAGGGGAAUUCUUGAACAAGAAUGUGGACCUUGUCAUCAAGAUACUCUCGGUGUAUAUAGCAAUCUUGCAGCAACUUAUGAUGCAAUGGGAAGAGUUGGAGAUGCAAUUGAAAUCUUAGAAUAUGUGCUGAAGUUGAGGGAAGAGAAGCUUGGAAUAGCAAAUCCUGAUUUUGAAGAUGAGAAGCGUCGUUUAGCUGAGUUGCUGAAAGAAGCUGGCAAGACAAGAGACAGAAAAGCAAAAUCUUUGGAAAAUCUUAUUGAUCCAAAUUCAAAGAGGACAAAGAAGGAGAGUAACAAGAGGUGGCCUGGUUUGGGGUUUAGAAUUUAAUUAACCACGUAUUUUUUUUUCACAUCUAUUAAUAUUAUAUUGAAUUGAAUGCACAUUCUGUAACAUAGGAUAUCUUUGUAUAGCUUUGGAUAUGUAAUUUGGGAGCUUCCCUGAUUUCCUGAUAUUUGUUUCUUGCUUCUGUUUUCUCCUUUUCCUCUUGUUCUUGAGUAAUUGUUUUAUUAAUUGUGUUGUGACUUUUAGAUGUACUGUUGUCUUUUUCUGGAUAAUAUUGAAAGCAAUUUUUUAUUCGGAGUGGAUAAA